CUCUCAGAACCGGAGCCUCCCGUGGGCCUGAUCCGCUCCCAUUCCCCCAUUGUCUCUGUCAAAGAGAUUGUCACGGAGAUCGAGUCCAUCCAUCAGGGGGGAUCCCAGGGACCAGCCAAAGCGGAGACCGCCAACAAUCCACUCCCAACGCCCAAGAAGACCCCCCUCCACGAGACUCCAGCCGAGGCGGCCUGCCCUUGGGACAACAAGCAUGGGAAGGCGGAAGAGGCAGCAGAUGUGGCUGGACCAAUCCCAAAAGAAGCUGCUCGAGAGCCGUUAAAACCGGAAGCCGAAGGGUCUUCGUUGCCCCCGGUGCCUGCCUCGAAGCCAGACACGGAAGGAAAGGGCUCAGCCGAAGACCCCGCAGAAAUCCGAGUCCUCCCUGGGCCCAAAUGGUGUCCCGGUUCUGUCCGACGGGCCACUCUGGAGUUUGAAGAGCGUCUACGGCAGGAGCAACAAGAUUUGCAGCACACUUCCCCGGUCGUCUUUUUCCCCGUCCGGAAGAAUUCCCGGAACGAGUCCGAUCCGGGUGCAAGGGGUAGGAAUGACGAUCCGAUCCACGAGCCAACCCAGCUCUCGAAAAGUAAGGAGAUUUCAAAAACGGGCAGCAACAGCAGCCCUGAGACGGGAAACGUCUCCGAACCACGGACUGUCUCCGAUCCACCGUCAUCAGCACCUUCCCGUCCACCGGAAGUCCCUGCGGAGGUGCCAGGCGUAGCUCGCGAACACCGGAUGGUGCUUUGGAUGGAAGGCGAUGAGGGACCUCCUCUGCUCAGCCCUCUCCCCAAGAGAAUCGAGAUCAUUGAAUACACACCUGCCUUGCCUGGCACGGAGGAGGACAAGAAGGCCGUCACCGCCCGGAACCCGGAGAAAACCUUGGAUGAAAACUGCAACACCGCUUUCUGCUCGGAGACUCCUGGAUGCAGCCCGGUUUUGUCCAGGACACCAGGACAGGCAGGCGAUCCCUUCAGCGGUGCCCUCUUCUCUUGGGGAAACCCGAAAGAGAUGGACAAGGAUGAGGGGGAAACGGGGGUACCAUCCAAUCCUGAAGUCCCCUCUUCUUUGGCCAACCAGGCGAGACGCUCCCCUCCACCCUGUUCACAUCGCCAGCAGCGUCUCGGCCUGGACGGGGUCACUCAGGACAGCACAAGCACCGAUCCUGAACCGGCUCCCUCGGGGGGCUACGCUGGAAACGGGCACUUCUCCCUGGAGGAGAGGGGAAAGGGUUUCCUGCCCUGGACAUACUGGACCCCCGAUCUGGAACAAAAUCCUCAGGACGUCCCUUCAUCCCGUCCUCUUCGCUGCUCUCUCCCUCGCCGUUCCAGCUGCGACGGCUGCGCCAAAGACAACGGCCAGGGGACAGGCCUGGUCAAGCAACUGGCGAAAGAACUGGAAUCCCGUCUGCGGCAAGCUGGACUCACCGCGCCCUCGCAAAUGAAACGCUCGGCGUCUUUAGCCAAACUGGACUGUCUGGGCUCACUGAAGGACAACUUGCCCCGCGGAUGCUGCUGCCUGCCCACCGUCGCCAGAACCGUCUCGCCGGAAUCGCUCCGGAUCUCCAGGCCGGAUCCGGCCAUCUCCUCCCUGACCCUCCUGUCUCCUGAACCCACUAGGCAUUUGGUGGCACCGGUCAAGCUGUGGGAAUGCCUGGCUCUGAGCCGGCCGGUGGAACGGCCCCUGGCUCAGUUUGCCCAAGACUUCACCCCGACCUGCGGGCCCACGGAAGGAACGUGGACUUGGGCCCACGGCCCGAGGCAGCCGGCCGCCCUCACUCGAAAUCCCCCCGCCAGAACUCGGCUGCCCAGGAGGUUAAAAAAAUCCAACGAGCGGAAACGAACCACCAACCCCGUCUAUAAUACGAUGUGAUCCCUGUCUCCAUUUCCCCUCCUUUCUCUUCCCCUCCUUUCUCCUCCUCCUCCUCCUCCCCCCUUCGAAUUUUUCACAAUCCCUCGCAGAUGUAAUAUAUACCAAAACAUGCACUUUAUUAGUUAGGUUGUUGUUGUUUUUAUAUAUAUAUCUAUAUCUAUAUCUAUGUUCUUUUAUUUGUACGGUUCCUCCCGUUUUUGCAUGUACAUUUUCGAGGCGGCUGAAAUUCAAGUUUAACAACAACAAAAAAAAACCCAAACAAAACCAACCUCCAUCCGCGCGAGUGACAGCGAGACGACCGCGUGGCGUUUUUUGUUUUUGUUUUGGUCUGUGUUGUUUUAUUGCGUUCUUCGUUCUUCAUUUGGUGGCUUUUCUUUUUCUAUGAAAAGAUUUUACCUCUAUUUUUUUUUUUUUCCAGCACGGUCUUAAAAGAACACCCUUUCUUUGCAAAACAAGAGGCCGUCGGUUUUAGUUUUCCACCAUCGGAGUCAGACCGUUGUUAGGGUUGCGGGGAGCAAAAUCCUACAAUCUGCUAAUCGGGGUGGGGUGGUUGUGGGAGCUCACAAUGAAGCCCCCCCCCAAGUUUCACCUCUGGGUUGAACCCCUGGAUCCAACACUCUGUGAAGUUUACCCUUCUCUCUGCUCUCUCGCCCGUAAGACGUAGAAGCCACGAUAUUAUCGCGCGCACCUCAGGACAAUAUCGUGCGUGCAAUGCCACUGAAUUGCCCACCCUGUGUAGACACCCCCAAAAGGGCCGUACUGAUGCAUUUGAGUAGGGGCUGUGCAACCCCCACAGGGGUGGUGGUUUGGAGAGGCCAACCACCCGAGCCUUGUCCCCAAUUUCCUCCCCUCCUCCCCCCGCCAGCCCCCCAGCCUUGAUACCCCCCCUCUUUGAAACAUCUGCCCAUUUCUGCGGCUGGCGCCUCUCCCCUGUGUGGCCACCCACCCAAGGUCUUUACAAUACAGUGGGCAUUCGGGACCUUUGACCCCCACCGUCUUAGGACAGGGAACGCAGCGCAUGUCUGUGUGCGAGUAUUAUUCAAGGACGCCUCUCUGAACUCCAGGGUUGGGCCGCCGCCGGUUUGCACCGGUUCGAGCGAACCGGUACGAACUACGAUCGGUUGGCCCCCUUCCCUAUCCUGUCGUACGUUUUUCCUUCUUGUGCAGCUUGGCUGAUUCGCGCGGCAACUUGGAUUACCGCGCCUCAGCCGUUCUACUCAGCGGGGAAGGC